AUGUCGGCCAUUGCGACCUCGCUAAAGUCUUCCUCUCAUUCUCGUACACACUCCAAAUCGCAUUCACACUCUCACUCACGAUCGUCUCGACCCUCGACGACCCCCCGAGCCCAACCACCCCCUCCACCAUCAGUCGGUCAAUCUUUACCGCCGCUGUUAUCGCCAAAGGCCAAAACUCCUCACAAUGUGAAGGAUCCCAAGAGCCCGAGUCCUAGCUACUUUGGGUUCGUCGUGGGAGGCGAUGAUUCAAUACCACCAGACUCGAAUCCGGGUGCCCAUGCACGUCAGAAUUGGGCAUUUGGGGGAAACUCGAGUACACAAGUACCAACCCCUCGCCACGUCCCUGUCGAGGCGAAUCCCCAGUUCGAAGCCUUCCGGAGGCAAUCAGAGCACAACUCCGGGUUUUCUCUGAACAGCGCUUUCAACAGACCUUCCCAGUCAAGGACAAACUCCUUGACUUCUCCAAAGCAGGAAAAUCCGUUAUCUCCCUCGGCUACGAAGAGGCCAGGCCCUGAACGUACUACUACGCAAAAUAGUCAGACCGGCGAGCCUUCGUUUUUCGAUAUCCCGAGACAAGAGUCUCCCGCACCUAUACACGUACGCCACACUGUCGCAGACCACACCUACGCUCGUCUCUCAUUACCUGGCAGUGGAUUGCGGACCCCACCAUUCAACAACAACCGACAAACACAGCGGUCUGAAACACUACCGUCCUCCGGGGAGAAAGACACACCUCCCCUGGUCUCCUCCAAGCACAUUGCAGAGAUACUAACCAAAUCUGACGCAGUUCUCGUCCUCGAUUUGCGAGUGUACCAGCAGUACGCUACUUCGAGAAUCCAAGGGGCUCUGAAUUUGUGCAUACCGACGACUCUCCUAAAACGUCCCGCGUACAAUGUGCAAAGGCUGGCUGAGACAUUUGCGUCUGACAGAGAUCAGGAGACAUUCUCCAAAUGGCGCGAGUGUACCCACAUUAUUGUCUACGACGCAAACUCCACCUCAACCAAAGAAGCCAUAACCCCUCUGAACGUUUUGAAAAAGUUUACCACCGAGGGUUGGACUGGCACUGGGUUGGUCAUUAAGGGCGGCUUCCUUUCCUUUUCAAGGUCGGUGCCCGAUUUGAUUGACUCUGGACCUGUUCAAUCGGGCGCUGGAUCAACCACACAACCGCUGUCUAUAUCAGCCCCCAUUAAAGAUGCCGUCCCCGUCGCUGGAGGUUGUGCCAUGCCAGCGGCAAAGUCGGCCGCCAAUCCUUUCUUUGGGAACAUUCGACAGAACAUGGACUUGAUUGGUGGCGUGGGACAAAUGCCAAUCAAGAAGCCUACCAACAUGUCGUCGCAUACCGAACACACCAUUCCUAGUUGGCUGAAGAGAGCUGCCUCAAUCUCGGAUGAAGGAAAACUCGUCUCGGAUCGAUUUUUCAACAUUGAAAAGUCGGAGCAGUCGCGUAUGCAAGAGGCGUUGAGUGUCAAUGUGUCUUAUGGCACUCCAAGAACAGAAGCGCCUCAGAAGAUACAGGUAGCGGGUAUCGAAAAGGGCUCUAAGAAUCGGUACAACAACAUUUUCCCAUACGACCACUCGAGAGUUCGACUACAGAAUGUACCCAACGGCAGCUGCGAUUAUAUCAAUGCCAGUCAUGUCAAGGCCGAAUUUUCCAAUCGCCAGUAUAUUGCCACUCAGGCUCCCAUACCAGCCACAUUCAAUGAUUUCUGGCGAGUGGUCUGGGAACAGGACGUCCGCGUGAUUGUAAUGCUGACCGCAGAAGCCGAAGGUGGUCAAGUCAAGAGUCACACAUAUUGGAAUGCUGGUGAAUAUGGGCCACUGAAGCUUAAGAAGCUUUCUGAACGAAAAGUCAGUAUUGAGACGAAGAGUAACGCGCCAAAGGUUGUUCCAUCUUCAAGGCCAUCUCUGGGACCUAGGAGGUCCACCACGGCCGGCGUCCCAACCCAGGGUGAAGUGAAGUCUGCGCCAUUGAGGACGCCCGGUGCUACGAUCCGGCACUUCUCUUUGAGCCACGCUGCACAACCCUUUAAACCGAUACGCGAGGUUACUCAGAUUCAGUAUGAAGACUGGCCGGAUUUUGGCGCCCCUGCCAGCCCUACGGAAUUGCUUGGGUUGGUGGAACAAGUCAAUAAAUAUGUCCGAGGUUCCGCGACUCCGAUGGUAGGACCUGAUGAAGCGACGCCUGAAGGCACCAAACCUAUACUCGUCCACUGCAGUGCCGGCUGUGGUCGAACAGGGACGUUCUGCACCAUCGACUCUGUGAUUGAUAUGCUGAAAAGACAGAGGCUUUCUCAGGAAGAAAGCGACAGCGACAAAAUGGAUGUUGAUGCCGGAGAUUGGACUGAUCGAGAUGAUGUCGACUUGGUUGCCAAAACGGUGGAUGAUUUCCGACACCAGAGAUUAAGCAUGGUGCAGAAUUUGCGACAAUUCGUCUUGUGCUAUGAAAGCGUCCUACAGUGGCUUGUUCAACAAGAGUCGGAGGAGCGUCACAAACGACCCAGCAUUCCCGAUCCUAGAAGGAGUUAUCAAGGUUGA